CACAAAAUUGAACCCAAAAAAGCUUAGCCAUCUUCUCUUCCUUCUUCUCCUCCUCCUCCUCCCCCUCCUUCUUCCUCUUCUUCUCUCCAUUUGCCAAAUGAAACUUCUUUGCUCUUUUGAUUCCUCAUUUUCAUUCUCCACAAAAUUUUUUUGUUCAUGCAAGAUCCAAAGAGCUCUCACUCAAGGAAACGCUGGUACCAAAAAGCAAUGGACAUGGCAACUCACCAAUGGAAAACAAUUUCCAGGCCUUCAGAAAUUCCUGCAACAAUGGCAGAAAAUCCCAAACUUUUGAAGCAAAAUAACAUUUCUACCAAUUCCAAGUCCAUUGAUCACAAUCCUGGAGCAAAUUGCACUCUCUGGAAGGCAGUUUCCAGGGGCCCCGCAGAACUUCCUGGAAAUGGUAAUAAUAAUAAUAAUCGAGCUUCAGGAAAGCUGAGGAAGUGUACAUCUCUUAGAGUUGCCACGUCGUUCACUCGCGUAUGUUUGUGCGGUCCGAUUUCGUCCUACAACGAGGUUUUCCGAGCCGAUGUUCCUCCCCGGAGAAGUUACAGCUAUCCCAGGUCGAAGGCGUUUCCUGGAAACUCAUAUCAAGACAGGACCAGUAAUGGCAUUCCAGGGAGCUUCACGAGUAGGCUGAGCACCGAAGGAAGACGGGUUUUCCGAGGAAAAUCGUUGACAGACGAUGUUUUUAUGAGAAGAUUUGUGGUAGAAGAAGAAGCCAUGAUGCAAGUAAGGAGGAGAAAUCAGAUGGAAGUUAUAAGGAGAAGAAGUAUGAUGAGAAGGAAGAAGCUUGGGCCAAGUCCUUUGAGCAAAAUGAUUUUGGCUGAAGAAGAACAAGAUCAGAAUUGAAAGAGGAUUUUUUUUUUAAAAUUUUAUCAUUGUUUUGAGGCUUAAUUUAAAUUAUUGGUUCAUGGUUUGUCCUUAGUUGAUUUAA